AAAAACCUUCAUUUCGAUACGUUUCGUUUAAAACUAAGAAAAAUGUGCUAAAGUACUUUUGGUUACCCGUUUGCAAUUUCCACUCGAAUCGCGACUAAAUUCGUUGAGACCGCAGGCCUUGAGGUCUACAUAUAAAUUAAGCUACUCUAUUCAUAAUAAUGGCCAGUGCACAAGUGCAGAGCUUUGAAAGUGCUGGCUUUGAGGGGCAUUCAAAGGAUUUUAUAGGGCAGGAAAACCGUCAGCAGCGGGAAGAUGCCUCUCAAGAUGGCCAGAAUCACGAACUUAUCGAUGAAGACUUGUAUGAAGUUCAGUACAAACAUCCUUUGGAGCAUGUGUGGACCUUAUGGUAUUUGGAGAACGAUCGCACCAAGCACUGGAAGGACAUGCUGAACGAGGUCACGCAGAUUGACAGUGUGGAAACCUUCUGGAGACUGUACUAUACAAUUAAGACGCCAUCUCAGCUUAAGAUUGGAUGCGACUACUCAAUGUUUAAACGGGGCAUUAAACCCAUGUGGGAGGAUGAGGCCAACAUCAAAGGAGGUCGCUGGCUGGUCACGGUGGGCAAAAGUGGCAAGCUGGAUUUAGACCGCAUUUGGCUAGAUAUUCUCUUGAUGAUGGUGGGCCAAACUUUCGACUACUCCGAUGAAAUCUGCGGCGCUGUGAUCAACAUACGGGCCAAGAGCAGCAAGAUCUCCGUUUGGACUGCUAAUGGCAAUAGCGAGCUGGCCAUUCUCGAGAUUGGCCAAAAGCUAAAGAUGCUCUUACAUUUUCAGGCGCAUAAUCUGCAAUAUCAACUUCAUUCCGAUGCAAUGUGCAAAAUCAAUUCGGGUGUCAAAUCGGUUUACACACUGUGAAAGAUAGUGAUUAGGUCCUCUACGUUAUUAUAUUUUUUAUAUUUACCAGAUUCGUGUGUGUGUGGAAGAUGGUAUGGGCUUGGUGUUAAUGAAAGAUUAAUUGGAAAUGAGUAAACCAAAUUGUUUGAGAAACUAAAUUGAAUAAAGAAAAUUGAAAUAUU